AUGCCGCCAGCACCAAUACCUGUCCCUGUGCCUGUACCUGUCCCUGUCCCUGUACCUGGACUGCCAGGUCCCAAACUUAAACCCCGUCAGGGACGUAGCCCCAACCCUGUGGAUUAUGCAGGAGGCGCUGAACGCCACGCACAAGACGGUCUGGCGAAAUCAGUAUGUAACCCCCGUGCACCUCCAGACGUUGCAGAAAGAGAAGAUGAAAAACUAAGACAGAAUAUCACACAUCGCAGCGUCUACAACGCGCAAGCACGCAGGAUCAACCGCGCUCGUAGUUAUGCCGUCCCCGGUAAUACGUCGCGCGCAUGGCCAAAGUUCAUCAGGAUCAUUGAUAUUGUCAAUGGGGAGGUGUUCCCAGGGGCGCCGAUGGAUAGGGAGAAGAUUACUGCGUACACUCUUGUGGACUGGGCCCCGUUGGGGGUGUAUUAUGAGUUGCCGUGGGUGCCGGCGGGUCCUGGGGUGACCCGCAAGGCAGAGUGCAGGAGAGAUUAUAAGGCAUUUAUUGGUAUGCUGGCCCAUUGA